AUGUGCGUCUCUGGACUGUUUGGAAGGAGACCUGCUAAAGCCCACGAGGAUGCUGAACAGGGGCGGCCGAGCGGGGCCUGGGGCCUGUGCGUUUCACAGUGGUGCGCUCUUGCCUGGAGAGUCCGGCCCAGGCCACCGUGCUUGCCACCAGCACCCAGGCAGGCCCAGCACCGUGUGCCCUGGACUGCAAAUGGAAGCGCGUCUGUGGUCCUGACCUCCUCCUCCCGAGGCGACCAGCUGCUGUGGCGUGACAGACGAGUGGCUGUUGGCAGGCUGGUGGCAGAGCCGCGGUCCCUCUUGUCUCGCAGGGGACGUUGCCGCUCCCUGGUCAGAAACCCGGGUGCUCUGAACCUUGACCCUGUGUCCAUCACCAAGGACAAGGCCUGGCGCAUUGUCCGGCACGCCCCAGGGGGGUCGAGGUGCCCCUUGUGGGGGGCCCCUUGCUGGGUAUCCAGGGCCCAUAGCCAGAAAACCCUAAGCAAAACCACCCUGGCCCUGAAGUGUGGCUGUCACCUCCCCUCAUGGCCGCGCGGUCCUAGCGACCUCUGUCCCACCCCAAGAGGCAGUGUUGUGCGGGCCACCCAUAGUUCUCGUCCCUCGGCCGCGGGGCAGGGGGCUGGGGCUGGGGUCACACUCGUAGAGGCCAGGGAGGGCCUGACCAGCCCGAGACGCUGCCCAAGGGCUUUGGAGCAGCCUCUGAGCCAUCCUGCAUCAGGCCUGUGCAGCCGGGUUGGGUCGGGUCGGGAGGCUGCCUCUCCUGCCGGGUUUGGAUCCACUUCGUCUGCACUCGGUGAGCUGUGGGCCAGGCAGCUCCCGGCCUUGCGGAGGGCGGUGUUUGCUGUUGUCCCCGAAGAGGACGGGUGGGGCCGUCCCCGAGGGUCGCAGCGCAGUGUUCACAAAACUGCAGGGUCGGUGCGUUGCGGAGUCCCCGUCACCUGCACAGCAGCGAACUGCACGUGCGUGAACUCUGACCACAGCGGGGGGACAGCAGGGUCUUUGCAAAGUAUCCAGCCCAGGCUCUCGUCACGCCCAGCUGGGCGCUUGCAUAGGGUUGGGUAGGCUGUGCACUGUGAGUGGUUGGGGGCACCGGUCACACUGUAGUCUGAGUGAGUGGUGCUGCCAGGAUCGUGCCAGGAGGGCCUGGGGCUGUGAUUCGGGGAGGGUGGCCACCAGGGUGGAAAGCAGAGAUGAUGAAAGCGGCCCAGCCCCCAGCCCACCCUUUGCCCAGGGCCUGGCGCUCCCUGAGUCUCAGCUGGCCUUGACUCCUGGUGGCAGAAGUGACAGGUGCCAGCCCCAGGCGGGGCCUUGCCUUCUCGGACAGUCCUUGCCUUCCUGGAGGACAAACCCCAGGCUGGGGGCUGUGGCUGUGGGGCCUCCCCCGGGCCCUGGGGGACCCUGCAGCCUGACACUGAGUGAGGGCGAGUAGGGGGCAGCUGCUGUCUGUUACUGAGGGCUCACGGCUUGCUGUGUGGCGUCCCCGGGCUGUGGGUGGCAGCUGCAACACGACCACCCUCAGCCGCCCAUGCGCGCAUGGUGUGUGCAGGCCGGGCCCUGCUCGGGGCUGCACUGGGCCUGCAUCCCUGUCCGGGAAGCGCAUCGCUCCUUCGGCCCCUGCCCGGUGCUGGUUCUCCUCUGCAGCCUCGGCCAUCCUCGGCAGGGACAGUACGGGCUGAGCGCGUGCCGUGUGCCAGGCCCUGUUGCACUCACACAGCUCUGGGGAGCCGCCUGCGCGCUCCUCUCAGAGGGAAGAGGGCUGCAGUGCUGCUGGGGCCGCUGCCUGGGCCCUGGCUGGGCCAGCACCUGCACGGCCCUGCAGAAGCGGCCAGCAGGUGAGCGGCCCUGGUCUGCGCUGAAGCCACACUUCCCCUUUGCCUCUCCUUGGGUUAUGGUCAUUCCUCCUGCAUUCCUGAGUGCUCUGCUUUCCUUUUCCCAGGCUUGUUUCUUUGCCUCCGACUUCCUGCCUCCCACUCGCUCUCUGUUUCCGUGCCCCUCCCUCCCUCGCCCUGUUCUUGUUCUGGGGCACGUCCCUUCCCACGUCUGCCCUCACCUGACGUCUCUUGGAAUUGGUCUCCUGCCACGGGUUGGGGACCCUGGGGAUAAUCAGGUGGCUGGAGCAGCGGUGUGAGGCCGGCUCCUUGAAGCUCCUGGUGCCGCCUCUGCCCACGCCAGGCGGCUGGAGAACACGGCAGAGAAUCCUAGCAGCAGGGAAGGUGAGCGGGUCCUGACCUCACGCGGUGGCCCGGGGCACAGGUGUCCCUGGUGUCCCUGGAGGCGAUGUUUGUGUUUCUUGUUCUCCCGGCAGUUUGAAGGGUGUUGCAAGAGAAGCGAGUCUGAGACAGUUUUACUCUUUGAACUGGAAUCCCUGUAGCCGCAGAAGAGUGACAGGCAGAUAGGCAGACAGGCGGACAGACAGGCACUGCCCUUGCUUGCAGCUCUCCUGUGCUUCUUGCGACUACAUUGGUGUGUUCCACUUGUUUCACGUGGCCUUUUCUCCGGUGCGUGGUGCUUCAAGCAUAACUUCAUCAGGGGGUGCGAUCGACAAAAGUAUUGAAUGUUUACAUUGAAAAGAACUAUGACAGCAGCAGAUCUAUCGCCAGGAACCCUCUUCAAAAUACUCCCCCUUACUUCCAACAUGUGUACCCCAUCGUCCUUGCCGUGUUUUGCAGCAGCUCUGGAGUCCUCUCUCCUGAGGUCUUUAGCUGCGCUGUCCUGGCUGCCUUGAUGUCCCGAGUGGAUUCAAUGCAUUUCCCUUUCAUGCUCAUUUUGACUUUCGGAAGAUCCAGAAGCCACACGGUGCCAGAUCCAGUGAAUAAGGUGGGUGAGGACACCGCGUCGUGUUUUUACAAGGUGCUUUUCUGUUGCAUUGUGCACUGCAGCAGCAUUCACCAUAUUUUUGAUCAUACCUCACAGAGACACUGAGGAAAGAGGACUCCAGAGCUGCUGCAGAAAGUGGCCAGAACCGUGGGAUGAGUGCGCUCAGAGGGAGGGGAGGAUUCUGGGGGAACUCAUGCAUGUGUCUUACUACUCUGUGCUUUUGAAGUUAAACUUUCACAAUACAGUUUGAACACCCUUUGUAUAAUUGGAGUAGCUUUCUUUCAUGGGAUAAUAAUAAUCUUCUUUUCCCUAAAGCAGCUAAGUGAAAGUGUGAACCUGGAAAAGUGCACAAAAAAGCUGGUGAGCUUUCCAGUUUAUAUGAAGCUGCUUGGUCAGAAGUGGGAACCCACAGCUCCUGGUUUGUUGAUUCUGAGCUGUUUCUCCAGGGAGCCUGGCUCUGCCCAGUUUUCCAGCGGUGGCAGAAGGCCUCCUUGUGGACUCCACACACAGUGGCUGUGCUGCGGUGGCCUCUUGCUCUGCUCUGACGGUCUCACACAAAGCUCGUAGGCUGAGGAGCUUCCCCUCCACCUUCCUGACCCGAGUGGUCCCAGCUCCGGAGAAACCUGCAGUGCCCUCUGUAAUCAGGAGCACAGGUUCUUGGAGAAGCCUGAUUGCUCUCUGAACCCUCACUGCAAGAUUAUGGCUUCGUCAUUCACUUCAGGGAGAACGAUGCAGUGAUUUGACAGGAUUGAGGAGUUUUGGAAGAGUCCUAGCUGUCCUCACUACCUGUGCUGCAGCUCUCCCGGAGGAGCGGUUGAGCCCUGGGACUUCCGGUCUUCCUCCGGGCUGUUCUUGUGUUUCUGAGUGAUCUCAAGGCCACGUUUUCCUGUGGUGCUGAAGAACUCGUCUUAUUUAAGAUCUGCGAUUGUAUAAUGAAUCUCACAAAACGGGGGUGCCGGAAGCAGACUUCUGGUGGAAGCAGGCUCUUUCUGGUUUUAACUGUUCGGAUUUCCAAAUGCAUUUCUGUUUCUUUAGAAAACAGGCUCUAUAAAUAGCAUGUGUUCAAAUUCCUGACAGACGUGUGUCAAAGGCGACGUUUCCAGAAAGGGCCUCGGAGGGUGCAUUUUUAAGUGACAGGAGACCUGGACUGAGUGUCUUCCAGACUUUAUGAAUUAGGGACACGGAGGAGGAUGAGGGUCCCCCGGCCAUGCAUCUGACAGAGCAGGGUGACUUGCAGGGUCCCCAAGUCCCCGGCGCCACCUCCCCACGCCGGCCAGGCUGCGGCCUCCGCUCCUCAUUGUAGGACGGCCCUCGGGGGGACCGUGUCCACCUGCACACAGCUGUCUUUGGGGUCUGAAAUGGCGCCUCUGCCAGAAAGAGCUGGGAGAAUGAGGGCAGAGUGACCCGAAUAAGGGCAGGGUGACCUGCACAAGGAGCAAGCAUGGUACAGAGUGGCAGGGAUCCGAAGGGACAAGCAGAAAAUUCCUGGAGCAAAUCACUAAAGCCAAAAGCUGCUUCUCAGACGAAUCAGUCAAAUUGACAAACCAACUGCCAUACUGAGCGGAAGAAAAAGGAGAAAGUACACAAGGACCCAUCUGAGGCGUCACCUAGACUCUACAGAGAGGGAAAGUGACAGCAGCUGGGGUUCUUAUGCUGAUACAUCCUGCAGCUUCCAGGAAACAAGCAGGUUCCUUGGAAAGCAAACUACCAAGACUUGCUCCGGAAGAAACGGAGAGCCUGAAUAGCCCUGUCCCUGUUUCAGAAAUUGCAUUUGCAGGCAAAGAAAUUUCUCACAAGGAGAAUCGCAGGCCAGAUGGCUUCCCUGCUAAAUUCUAACAAACAGGGAAAAAUAAUGUCAAGUCCACACACUCUCUUAAAGAACUGGAAGUGAGGGAGGGUGUCCCAGCCCUGUCCGUGGGAUCACCUUUUCCCCAGAGCAAUGCCAACAGUGAUGUGCCGACUGGAGACCAGUGACCUCCGUGGCCAUGGUGUGACACUCCAGCCGCCCCAGCCUCUCGAGUUCAGCAGGAUACAGGAAGGGCCGUGCAUAUCCAAGGGCAUGGAUCUCAGGAACCCCAAGGAGGAAGACAAUCUGUGCGUGCCCUGCAGGAGAGAAGUGGAUUUCAGGCCGUGAGCAGAGAAGCACCGACCCCUGGCAGUGGGCAGCGUUGUUCGGAGGGGACGCUGGGUGGCCGUGAUAGAGUGGGUGUGUGUUAGCCAGGGGCCCGGGAGAGGCCGGUGGCUGAGGGGGUGUGGAGGGGUGGCGAGGUGCACAGGGCCGGCAGGCUGCUUUGAGGAAAGCUCUGGUGUUUUCCAGGGCUCAAAGGGUAGUGGUGUGGCUGGGGCGUGUUUGGAAAGUACAGUGGACAGGCUGCCCAGGAGCAGCCAGGUACUGGGGGAUGGGGGCGCAUGUGGGGGAGGCCAGGGAGUGGAGGCCGGUGUGCUGCCCAAUGCCCGGCCGGUGCCACUCCGGGAGAGUCAGUGUUUGCUGCGCUGGUGGGAAGACCCAGUCCUAGGACCCAGUCCUGGUCCCAGUCCUAGGACCGCAGGUGGAGGGCUUGAGUCGGGCGGAUCCCUUCCGUUCUCUUCCUCCCCGUCUCUGUCCCUGCAUCUCUCUGUCUCUCCUCUGUCUCCCCAUCCCUCUGCGUCUCUGUCUUGGUCAGCAUCACAGCAGCCCUCGUGAAACAGGAGCUAAUGUAACGCAGCCGCAGUGAACAUGCGCCUCAGACGCAGGACCAGGCACCUGACAGGAGCGGGACCUGAGGGAGCGGCAGGCUGGCAGGGCACCAGCGAUGCUCCCUGGUGACAGGGCAGGAGCUGUAACCGGAGCUCCUCAGCGGCACUCCCUGAGCCAGCGCCCCCGCCCGCCCGGUGUGCUCCCAGGAUUCCCCCCGCCGCCCCUUCUGAGACAGAGUCUUGCUGUGUAAUCCAGGCUGGCCUUGAACUUGUGGCGAUCCUCUUACUUCAGCUUCCUGAGUGCUGGGAUUACAGGCCCCAGACAGAAAGGCUUCAGGUGGCUAUGCCUGCCAUGCGGAGCGCAUGGACCCGGUCUCGGAGCUGCAAGAUCGGUCGUGGAGUCCAGGCCUAAUACGUGUCACCAAACAUACGACCCCUUUGCUCUUCCCAACAACGCAGUGAGAAAGGCUGUUAGUCUUAAAUUGGAUAAGGGUCAGGGACUUAACCUAGGUGGCCCGUCAGGUAUGUUACACAGCCACGCUCUGCUCAUUCACGUAUUAUGAGCUUUUCAUUCUACUAUUGCAGUUUUCUGAGCAGGUAUGUUCUCUGAAGGAGCUCACUGCCUGCACUCUGGGGGUGGACAGGAAGCCUCCGAGGUCAGCAGUCACGGGCAAGUUUCAAGGGAAUCUGUUUCCAGACCCCCGACUUAGAUGCUUCCUCACCCAAGCUGAUGAGCGAGGAGGGGCCUGUGCCUGUGAUGGGGUACUCAGAGGGCUGGGCCGCCCACCUCCCCUUUCACAGUGGCCCUUUUCCCUCACACAGAAGCUACCCCGUGCACCUGUGUGUGGCGCUGCUUCGGAGCACUGCCACAGGACAUCCCCGACGGCCAUGUACGUAAAUGGGGUGGCUGAAACCAUCCAGGGUGUUGAGAAGUCAGUGAUCCCAGUGAUGGGGAAUUUGCAGCUCUGGGGUUUGAACUUGGCUUGCACAGAAACCAACAGAGACUCUGAUCGAGUUGUCAACGGAUGGCGCAGUCUGCAACCUGUGAUGGGCCCUGUCUAGACGGUGGUUGUGUGACUCGGGAGGCUUCAGAAUUCUUAGUUAUUCUGAGGCGCUGGCCCUCAAACCAGUGCCUUGCACACGCUCAGCAUCUGCUCCCUGCUGAGCUACACCCCGCCCUAGCUGAGACGACUUCGGAGAAUAAAGUUACACCACAAACUCC